AUGGGAACGACACUCAGGCAGCUUCGAGCCGUUGUGAACGAGCUCGACGUCCCCACGGUCGUGUGCAGUUGCUCCAGCAAAGUGAACCCUACCCCGGGUGUGACGACGUUUCACUUGGAACGUAAAGCACGCCAUUGGCUUGCCUACGAGGGGAUUCAAUAUGUGCUCGUGAUCAAAGUAAGUCAAGACGCUCGAUACAUGCGGUACCGUCUGUACGACAUUCAAGGCGACGCUGGCCCACGUCAACUGCCAUCUCUAGCGGCGGCGGGCGACUUUACAUACCAAGAACACGUCGCUGCCCCCAUCAAUAUCACGUUGGACAAUCGCAACCAGCCGCGAAUCUCCCCCAUGGUGUGA